AUGAGCAUAGACAAAGGCCCGUGGGAGAAAUCCCAGGGCGACCGGGUUUACAGUGAUACCACCGACUCGCCUCUGGAGGACUACGGGGCCUCUCCACAACGCACCCUGAGGUGGCACCAUAUCGUCGACUCCUUCAAACCGGCCAUCGAGGAGAAGGAUGAACUAGCUGAAAAGCUCCAAGAUGAAGAGAUGGAGGAGCUCACCGACUUGCAAAAGAUCAACAUCAACACUGCCAAAUCGCCGUUGAAGCGGAAGCUUAAAAACCGUCACUUGCAAAUGAUUGCCAUCGCGCUGUCGAUUGGGCUGGGUCUUUUCAUCGGGACCGGGGGGGCUCUUGCUAGUGGUGGUCCCGCCGCUAUCAUCAUUGGUUGGUUUGUCAUUUCCAUCGCCAUUUAUUCGGUGAUGUGUGCCAUGGGUGAGUUAUCAGUGACGUUCCCUGUGUCGGGUUCGUUCAAUUUGUACGCCAGUCGUUUCAUUGACCCCAGUGUGGGGUUUGCCGUGGCUUGGAACUACGUGGCUCAGUUCUUGACACUUUUGCCAUUAGAACUUGUUGCUGCUUCAAUGACGAUCAACUACUGGAAUCAGGACAUUAACCCCGACGCCUGGGUGGCCAUCUUCUACGUGGUGGUAAUUCUGAUUAAUAUGUUCGGAGUUAGAGCUUAUGGGGAAGUUGAGUUUUGGGUGUCGGGGUUGAAAGUGAUCGCGGUUAUUGGUUUCAUCCUUUGUUCCAUUGUCAUCGCCGCUGGUGGUGGUCCCAACCAUGUUCAUUAUGGUGACAGAUAUUGGCAUGACCCGGGUGCCUUUUCCAACGGGUUUAAAGGUCAAGCCCUGGUGUUUAUCACCGCCGCCUUCUCGUUUGGUGGUACUGAACUUGUCGGGUUGACCGCUGCCGAAGCUCAGAAUCCUCGUGUGGCUCUUCCUAAAGCAAUCAAACAGGUGUUCUGGCGUAUUCUUUUGUUUUACAUGGCGUCGCUUCUUCUUAUCACGUUUAUCGUGCCUUGGAAUGAUGAGCGUUUAGAAGCCGACGGUGUGGAUGCGUCGCCAUUCGUUAUUGCCAUCCACAACGCUGGCAUUGGCGGGCUUCCCUCGGUGAUGAACGCGGUGGUGUUGAUUCUGGCUCUUUCGGUAGGGUCGUCGUGUGUGUAUGCCACGUCGCGGACGUUGACUUCCUUGGCUGAACAAGGUUUAUGUCCCAAAAUCAUUGGUUACGUCGAUCGAGCCGGAAGACCGUUAGUGGCGAUCAUGAUCACUAACUUGUUUGGGCUCAUUGCGUUUGUUGCAGCCCUGAGAGAUCAGUCCACGGUGUUUGACUGGCUUAUGUCCAUCUCGGCAUUGUCGUCAAUCUUCACCUGGAUGUCGAUCUGUAUCGCUCACCUCCGGUUCCGGAGAGCUUUGUACGUUCAAGGACGUGACACUCUGGAGCUCGCAUUCGUCGCUCCCACAGGUAUCAUCGGGUCUGUGGUGGGUACUGUCAUUUUAUUUUUGGUAGUGGUGGCCCAAUUUUGGAUCUCUUUGUUCCCUAUUGGCGAGUCGCCUUCUGCUGAAGGUUUCUUCAAAUCCGAUCUCGGGUUGGUAAUUUUACUUGUCUGCUAUCUUGGACACAAAGUUUGGAAACGCAAUUGGAUUCUUUUCAUCCCCGCUAAGGAGAUCGAUGUUGAUACCGGUCGUCGUGAAACCGACAUUGAGGCCAUGAAGGCAGAGAUUGCCGAAGAGAAACGAGUAUUGGCGGAAAAGCCGUUCUACAUUAGACUUUGGCACGUGUGGUGCUAA